AAGUGUCAUCUCUUCCCAACCAAACAGCUGUUCCCUCAUCCACAUUUGUUAUUUAACCAUUUUGGUCGCCGAAAAGGGAAAUAAGAAUGAAUAAUUGCAUUAAAGUAGUGCCUAUUGCACUAAGGUGCCAGCAGAGGACCAUCAGUACUUCAUCCGUGCUGGAGGGCAAGCGGAACUUCCGUAAAUUUAAUGCAUACAACAAGCGCGGUACGCGCGUGGUAAAGGAAGCCCAGAAAACACUGGCCAAUCCGCCGGUAGCCAUUCACAAGCGAGGUGUACGAGACACGGGCAUACUUGUCGACGGGCAAUAUGUGGAGAUUCCCGAGAAAAUUCCGGAAAUCAUAGUUCCCGAUUUGACCGGUUGUAAGCUAAAGCCAUACGUGUCCUACAAGGCGCCGGACGUCGUCCAGUCGGAGUUCACGAGCUUGGAUCUCUUCAACGCCGUCUACUCGCAGAAGAUUAUCGAAGAUUUCAAGGCGGGCAAACUGGAGACCGACGGCAGCGCCAAGGAGCCCUCGGUCAAUGAGCAACUGACUCCGGAGGAGGCCUUGCAACGCGCUCGAAAGACGGGCAGCGAUAUAUUCUAGACAUAGGUUUAUUGUUUCUUAAAUACAGAGUCUAAACUCGA